AUGGCUUUGAACAACCCCGGACACAGAUCACUUAGCCAAUCUUCGCUUCAGAGUACCUAUCACACUCAUGAAACCACUUCCAACGCUCCAAGGCAACGAUCCCCAUCUCAGCCACGGUUGCCCUUCCAAAGCUUGAAUGAGACUUCUGUCCUUCUCCGCUCUCCUGGGCCUCUCGAGAGUUUGCUCAAAACAACUACAGAGACGGGCGACCUGGGAAUUUAUUCUAUCAACCUGCCGUCUUUGGGCACACGCCAUGACCCGCCUCGCUCAAAAGAUAGUCCUAGAGACGAGAAACGACAGUCCAGGUCUCGACACGAUGGCUUCAAGUACGGUGCAACAAGGGACGACCGCAAGUUGCUACCCUCAUAUCGGGACCCUACUUCCGAGAUUCUUUCACUAUACGGCGGUUCCCAAACCCCCUACUCCAGGUCUUACUCUCCAACUUCGGAGGGUCAACGUUCACGCUCCCUGACUACUUGUAGUUCAAGGCGAGUGCCUUCCUACAAAUCUUCAGGAACAUUAAGCAGUCAGCAAAGCAACAGUGGGCAUCGUCGUCCUCGCUCACCAUUUCCAUAUCCGGCGCGUCUGAAGCGGCCUGGGGUUCGGCCUUCUUCGCCAGCAGUGACAGAUAACGGCCUCAUUGAUUACAGAGGAAUAGAUGAGAUGGACAGGUCCGCGCACCGCACAACGUCCGGGUCAUACAUGACAAGAGGCCGUCGCAGGUAUCGCCAAUACCCCCCUUUGUCUCUGAGACCAGAGUGCAGUCAUUCAACGUCUUCGCUGCCUAUGCGCACAUCAUCAUCACAUUAUUACGAAUCGGUAUUAGACUCUCCAGAGGGCCUGGUACAGUUGUAUCCCGAAUCUCCAUAUAGCCAGUUCGUGGCAGGGGGGCAGAGUAUUCGCUCGGCUAGCUUGACUUCGAUCGUAGAAAUGUACCAGUGCAGAUCACCAGAUGGCUCUACUCAACCCAUCCGCUCUCCCUGCUCAGCUUAUAACGACUACACCGAAGAAAACGAUGAGACAUUCCCUAGCCAACUGCGAAAUCAAUCGCCAGUUUAUUCUCCGGGCGGAGAUGUCAACGACAUUUUGCCAGAGAAUGCUGUGCAGGAUGCAAGCAGAGGAAUCAACACUUCCCGGCGUAAAAGCAAUGUUAUCAAGCCAGUUCCGUCUAUAUCCAGCGUUCACCGGCGACUCAUUGGUGAACUCAGCAGUGGCAUGAAUAAUCAGAAUAUCUCAAUACCAACGAAAAGAAGCUAUCCAUCGUCUACACCGCCGAUUGGUUCUCGUAACGUUGCAACUUCGACUCCAGAGAAACGUGUGUCAGAUGUUCAAUCUAGUGAAUCGAGUGAAGAUGACUGGGUAUGGGAUAAACAGGAAGAUGAUGCAGCCGUCAAGGGUAGCCAAAUUGCUCAGGGUGUCCCCUGUCUUCCCUCCAAAGUGGCUGGCCCAUGCCUCGAUGAACGGUGGCCACAGACGAAAGAGAAUGAUGUAGUUAUAAAGCUACCUUCUUACCCGGGACAUCAUCAUCUCAACGCCAACACAACCAUUGGAGACGAAGAUCACGCAAACAAACAAGUCUCAGCCGAGCAGAAUGUGCAGGAAUCAAAUAAUCAUGCGAAAAUUCUGUCGCCUAACCCGAUCUCACCUGCACAUCAGCUGAGGCUAUCGAACAGUAUAACCCAACUGAUGAAGCCUUUACCGCCAUUGCCCCGUGAGAAGCAAUGUAACAACCAAAAUCAUUGUACAGCCUCACAUGAGUACACCAAAUUUCACACAAGCAAUUUAUUCGCCGACAGCCCUGUCGAUACCUCUGUUGCUGUUCGGUCAGAAAGUGGUACCAGCAAGACGUCCUUAGAACCUGUGUUCGGCGGCAAUGACUUGAGGACCCCAUCUCACCAGUGGACACAGAGUCAACCUCAAAUGAACCAAUCUCGAUUUAAAGUUCGCGUUAAGUCGUAUCAGUCGAUUGGACUUCACAGCAAAUGGAUCGCGGACUCUCCCAAAGUGCCGGGGAGAAGCUCCAGUAGUCCUGUCAAGCCCAGGCUCAGGCUCAAGGUAUCUCGCAACCGUGUGAGCAGUAAGUUGAUGAGCUCCGAUGAUACUCAUGUACACAAUGAGGGCCUUCGACAACACAAGCCAUUCCUGGAGUUGGGAAAUGUUCCUCGGCGAGAAGCCUCAUCGAAUGGGUCAAGCUUUGAGGAAGCUUUUGAGGAACAAUUGGUUCAGCUCAAUUCCGAUAAACGACUUUCCAAUAUUGACGAGGGUACUGCGCGAGGGCGUUCACCACAGAUAUCUGACCAAUUCGACAUUUCUUAUCCAUCCCCGGCCGAAGAAAUAAUAAUGGCUGAGUUAGUGCCUCGAUCAAAUCUGGAGAGUAGUCCAGAUCCACUCGACCGACAGCAACAGAACUUCGUUAGCAGACCCAGCCUGAGACCCCUAAGAUAG